GCCCCGCCCCGCUCCCCAGCGCCCCGGAAGUGAUCUGCGGCGGCUGCUGCAGAGCCGCCAGGAGGAGGGUGGAUCUCCCCAGAGCCGAGCGUUGGAGUUCUCCUCCUCCUCCUCCUCUUCCAGCCGCCCAGGCUCCGUCGCCACCCGUCGGACUCCUCCUUCGACCGCUCCCGGCGCGGGGCCUCCCAGGCGACAAGGACCGAGUACCCUCCGGCCGGAGCCACGCAGCCGCGGCUUCCGGAGCCUUCGGGGCGGCGGACUGGCUCGGGGUGCAGAUUCUUCUUAAUCCUUUGGUGAAAACUGAGACACAAGAUGGCCGCAAAUAAGCCCAAGGGUCAGAAUUCUUUGGCCUUACACAAAGUCAUCAUGGUGGGCAGUGGUGGCGUGGGCAAGUCAGCUCUGACUCUACAGUUCAUGUACGAUGAGUUUGUGGAGGACUAUGAGCCUACCAAAGCGGACAGCUAUCGGAAGAAGGUAGUGCUAGAUGGGGAGGAAGUACAGAUCGAUAUCUUAGAUACAGCUGGGCAGGAGGACUACGCUGCAAUUAGAGACAACUACUUCCGAAGCGGGGAGGGGUUCCUCUGUGUUUUCUCUAUUACAGAAAUGGAAUCCUUUGCAGCUACAGCUGACUUCAGGGAGCAGAUUUUAAGGGUAAAAGAAGAUGAGAAUGUUCCCUUUCUACUGGUUGGUAACAAAUCAGAUUUAGAAGAUAAAAGGCAGGUUUCUGUAGAAGAGGCAAAAAACAGAGCUGAGCAGUGGAAUGUUAACUACGUGGAAACAUCUGCUAAAACACGAGCUAAUGUUGACAAGGUAUUUUUUGAUUUAAUGAGAGAAAUUCGAGCGAGAAAGAUGGAAGACAGCAAAGAAAAGAAUGGAAAAAAGAAGAGGAAAAGUUUAGCCAAGAGAAUCAGAGAAAGAUGCUGCAUUUUAUAAUCAAAGCCCAAACUCCUUUCUUAUCUUGACCAUACUAAUAAAUAUAAUUUAUAAGCAUUGCCAUUGAAGGCUUAAUUGACUGAAAUUACUUUAACAUUUUGGAAAUUGUUGUAUAUCACUAAAAGCAUGAAUUGGAACUGCAAUGAAAGUCAAAUUUACUUAAAAAAGAAAUUAAUGUGGCUUCACCAAGAAGCAAAGUUCAACUUAUUUCAUAAUUGCCUACAUUUAUCAUGGUCCUGAAUGUAGCGUGUGAGCUUGUGUUUCUCGGCAGUCUUUCUUGAAAUAUUAAAUAAAGAGGUGAGAUGGGGGUGGGGAGUGGGAGGAAAGGCGACUUCCUCUGGUGUUUAUUAUAAAGCUUAAAUUUUAUAUCAUUUUAAAAUGUCUUGGUCUUCUGCCUUGAAAAAUGACAGUUGUGAAGAUGAUAGUUAAACUGUACCACUUUUUUUAACCAUUAUUAUGCAAAAUUUAGAAGAAAAGUUAUUGGCAUGGUUGUUGCAUAUAGUUAAACUGAGAGUAAUUCAUCUGUGAAUCUGCUUUAGUUACCUGGUGAGUAACUUAGAAAAGUGGUGUAAACUUGUACAUGGAAUUUUUUGAAUAUGCCUUAAUUUAGAAACUGAAAAAUACCCGGUUAUAUCAUUCUGGGUGUGUUACUGACACGAGGGGUCCACUGCCCCGUGUGUACUGGUGAGAAAAUAUAUGCCUAGCAUGGAGUACAGCUUUUGUAUAGAAAAUUCUUGAGAAGUAACUGUCUGCUAGGAGUCUGUCCAAAUUUAAAAUGUGUGCCAUACUCUGGUUCUUGAAAAUAAGAUUCCAGAGCUCUUUGAUCACUUUUAAUAAACUGCAAGGUCAUUUUAAGUGAAGGGCCAGCCUAUACUUGUAAGAUAAUUUUCAACUGCGAGGAUUCAGCACGUUAUGUUUGAAUGAACCCUCCUCUUCUUGAAGAUGCUGGUCCCUGGAAAUCACUUUCUGCCAGUGGUGAGCAUGUAAGUGUUAAGUUUUUAAUCUGGGAGCAGGGCACAGGAAGAAAGUGUCAGUAGUGCUAAUGCAUUUUGCACUAGAACACUUCGGGAAAAUAUUCAUGCUUGCCAUCUGUUCGUUUCUAAAUUUAUACUCAUGAAGUUACAAUUCGAUACAGGAAUUAUUAGUAGUAAUUCUUGUCUGUUCAUGUAUAAUGAAGAACACUAGCUACAUUUUCAGAAGUUAACAUCAAGCCGUCAAACCUGGGUAUAGUGCAGAAAACGUGUUGCACACACCACACAUUAGGCUGUGUCACCAUUGUGUGGUGUUCCUGCUGGAAGAAUUCUGGCACACUACUUGGGGACAUAAUUUCAGUCAGAAAUACGCCACUGUCAGAUUUUUCCCCCCUCUUUGCAGUGGGGCUAGGACAGUUGAUUCAACAAAGUAUUUUUUUCUUUUUUCUCAGUCCUAAUUUCAACAGGUCAAAGAUGUGUUCAGGCAUUCCAGGUAACAGGUGUGUACGUAAAGUUAGGAACUCACUCUUUAGAUAUUACAUCCAGCUUCUCAUGUUAAAUAUUUGUCCUUAAAGGGUUUGAGAUGUACAUCUUUCAUUUCGUAUUUCUCAUAGGCUGUGCCAUGUGCGGAAUUCAAGUUACCAAUGUAACACUGGCCAGCGGGCCCAGCAAUCUCCAUGUGUACUCAUUGCAGUCUUAUUUAACCAGGGGUCCUAACCACUAACAUUGUGACUUUUCUUUGAGACCUUUCCUCUCCUGGGUACUGAGGUGCUAUGAAGCCAACUGACAAAGAUGCAUCACGUGUCUUAGGCUGAUGCCACUACCCGAUUUGUUUAUUUGCAAUUUGAGCCAUUUAAAGACCAAUAAACUUCCUUUUUUAAAAU